GAAGGUUUCUUCAAGUACUCGUGCACCAACAGCUAGCUAGCUAGUCUUGUUAAUUAGCUAGCUUGUUGAUUUAGCCAAUCUAAUUCGCAUCGAUGGCUUGCACCGAAGCCUUCCGGCGAGCGCCUCCGGCCGACGGCCCUGCCACCGUCCUCGCCAUCGGCACGGCCAAUCCGUCCCAUUUCGUGGACCAGAUGCAGUACCCUGAUUACUACUUCCGCGUCACUAACGCGGAGGACAAGACAGAGCUCAAACAGAAGUUCAAGCGGAUUUGUGAGAAGUCGACGAUCAGGAAGAGGCACAUGUGCUUGACGGAGGAGAUCCUGAAGGAGAACCCGAGCCUGUGCGCGUACAUGGCGCCGUCCUUCGACGCGCGCCAGGGGAUCGUGCUCGAGGAGGUGCCGCGGCUGGCGAAGGAGGCCGCCGAUAAGGCCAUCAAGGAGUGGGGCCGCCCCGUCUCCGACGUCACCCACCUCGUCUUCUGCUCCGCCGCCGGGGUUGACCUCCCGGGCGUCGACUACCGCCUCAUCCAGCUUCUCGGCCUGCCGGCGCGCGUGCGACGCGUGAUGCUCUACAACGUCGGGUGCCACGCCGGCGGCACCGCGCUGCGCGUGGCCAAAGACCUGGCGGAGAACAACAAGGGCGCGCGCGUCCUGGUGGUGUGCUCCGAGCUCAACGUCAUGUUCUUCCGCGGCCCCGACGACCACCACUUCGAGAACCUGAUCGGGCAGGCUCUGUUCGGCGACGGCGCCGCUGCGCUCAUCGUCGGAGCCGACCCGGAGGAGGCGGAGAGAGCUAUCUACGAGGUGGCCUCGGCGACCCAGGUGAUGCUGCCGGAGAGCGAGGAGAUGGUAGGGGGACACUUGCGGGAGAUCGGCUUGACAUUCCACUUGGCGAGCAAGCUGCCGGCGGUGGUGGGCGGCAACAUCGAGCGGUGCCUGGAGGCGGCGUUCGGGCCGCAGGCAGGGGUAGCGGACUGGAACGAGCUGUUCUGGAUCGUGCACCCGGGCGGCCGGGCGAUCAUAGAUCAGGUAGAGGCGAGGGCCGGGUUGACGGCUGAGAAGCUGGCUGUGACUAGGCACGUGCUGAGGGAGUACGGCAACAUGCAGAGCGCCUCGGUGCUGUUCAUCAUGGACGAGAUGAGAAAGCGGUCGGCGGCGGAGGGUUGCGCCACCACCGGCCAGGGCUGCCAGUGGGGGGUGCUCUUCGGCUUCGGCCCCGGACUCACCGUCGAGACCGUCGUGCUCCGAAGCGUCCCCAUCAAGUUGAUCAAUUAGUUACUCCGUAACGAUAAUUAAUUACCCUAAAAACAGCUUGUAUCAAUAUCGAUAGUAAUUAAUUGUAUUCAAUAAAAGUUUAUUAAUAAUUUAUAUACCCCUCCCAUAGAAUUUUUGUGGGGUCCAGUGAGUUGGUUAA